AUGGACUUAUUUGGAGCCUAUGCUUCUCAUGCACAGGCGGUGCUAUGUACACCAGUAAGAGAUAAGUAUUCGAUUUUGAUGGAGGAUGAUAAAAUUCGUGUGGGCACAAGUAGUAUGCAGGGAUGGAGGAGCACAAUGGAAGAUGCCCACGCCAUUCACCUUUCCCUACCAAAUCUUCCCCUUCAUAUAUCUCCUCAUGACGCUGCUAUGGCAGCAGUCUUUGAUGGACACUCGGGAUGCAAAACGGCUCAGUUCGCUGCAACACAUAUGGCGAGAUGGAUAACUUCAAGUGAGUCGUUUGUUUCGGGAAAUGUAGAAAACGCGAUUUUUGAAGCCUUCAUUUCGGGCGAUGCAGCUAUUCGGAGGAGUAUGCCUCAUGAGCAGAGUGGCUGCACGGGGAAUUGCAUAGUGCUAGUGCAGAAUAAUUUAUACUGCGGUAAUGUUGGCGAUAGCCGUGCGGUUAUGUGUCGGGGAGGGGUUCCCUUACCUCUAAGCGAGGAUCAUAAACCUACUCUUCUCAGGGAAAAGGAGCGGAUAAAAAAAGCAGGAUGUUACGUUCGAAACGGGCGUGUAAAUGGUAUACUGUCGUUGAGCCGCGCUUUAGGUGAUUUUGCAUUUAAGGACCACCAUUUAAAACCUGAGGAUCAAGCGAUAAGCGCGGUUCCAGAUGUUCUUCACGUGAAGCUCACGCCUCAGGAUGAGUUCGUUGUUAUCGCUUGCGAUGGCGUGUGGGAGAAGUUUUCUAACGAAAGGGUUGUUAAAUUUAUUCGAGAGGAGGUGGGAGACCACGGCGAUCUUUCGCUGGCAUGUGAACGGUUGAUGGACUCUUGCCUGGCUCCUGUGUCGGCUGCUCCUGGCGCGGAUAAUAUGACCGUCAUCAUCGUUCAGUUUAAAAGUUCCUUUUUGAAGAGGGUAGAAGAUGGCUUUGCCGACGAUCAUUCGAGUAAUGUAAAAUUAUGA